AUGUAUGAGCCUGUGACGAUGGCGAACGAGAUGGAGGAGAUCGACAAGGAGGUCGCACAAGACGUGUUUGACCGCGUGAGCUUCCUGCGGGACCAGGUGCAGCACUACCGCGCUUUGGGGGGCUUCGUGCUGCUGAUGGCGCUGUUCGUGGCAAUGGUGUAUCUGCAGGCCGACUCCUCCCACACCUUCCAAGUCACCUCCGCCCACUCCGUCCUCAUCCCCACCAACUUCGCCCCGGAUUCGUCCAACCGCUUCGCAGGAGCGGGCGAGUUCUACUCGUGGCUCAACAACAGCAUCUUUCGUCAAUUCUGGCAAGACCCACCAUGCGGAGACGGCACGUGCGACCAGCCAUUCGAGUUCCCCGCCUUCGGCCGCUUCGGCUGUGAGGCGGACUGCGGCACGUUCCCCAACCUCACCUCCGUCUCAAUCCAUUUCACGACGUCAUUUUCAUCAAAUGAGGCCCUGGCGGCGUCCUCAUGGAACCUGUGCAUGCAGAGCCCCAUCUCGCUCUGCUGGCACGCCCUCCCCCAGCCCUUCCUCGUGCUGCACGCCCAGUUCUCCCUCGCCCUCGACAUCCCCGACGGCCAAUGGGCGCUCCUCAUCACCGCGCCCAUGGGUGGCGUGCAGGGCGUGCUGCAGGCACAGAAGCCGGGGAUCGCCCGUGGCAGUAAGGGAGGUGGCGGGCGUGUUUGUGGAUUGCGUCAAGAUCUGCCGAGCAGCACCGGCCACCAUCCUCCCAUACGACACCAUGUCAUGCCUUCAUGUGGGCAUGCCGCCAUGUCCCUUGACUUGCGAUCUACUCCUCAGUUCUUUGAUGCUUUUAGAGGAUUGCAGCAGAGGCAACCACAGUCUUUCCCAACUCCAUGUGCACAGUGCUUUUUUUUGGACGCCAUUGCCCUCCUGCACAGCUUUCACGUGCCCACCCAUCGCCGCCUUUCAUUCCCGAAGCCCCCUUUGCAUGCUCAUCGCCCUCUUCCUCUACCGCCCACUCCUGCAGACAAGGCUUCAUAUGCCCGCCGAAAAACAAGCGAGGACACGUACAGGCAUGGCGGCGAGCAUGGAUACGAGCAUGGGCAUGGGCAUGGAUACGAACAUGGGCAUGCUCAAGGGCUUGGGGAGGAGGUGCAUGGGACGAGGUACCGCUUCCACCAGAGCCGGCACCGUGCAUCAGACGCACAUGCAGCGGCGGUAGAGGCUGCAGCGGCUGCUGCUGCCGCACAUGGGGAUGGCAGCGCGCAUGACAGGCCUGUGCCAUCAUUCCAUGCGACAUCGUACCAUUCGGCACACCAUGGGCCAUCAUAUCACGAGGGUUACCAUGGAUCAGCAGCCUAUCAUGGGCCAUUAUACCACGAGAGUUACCAUGGAUCAGCAGCCUACCAUGGGUCAGCGUUCCAUGCAUCAUCACUCCAAGGCCUAGAGCAGUACCAUGAGCAUGCGGCGCACAACCCCCAUGCCUCUUCUGCCUACCACAGCCAUGCCGCCAUGCCUGGGCUCUCCGCCUCUACUGCCGCAACUGCUGGCCUGGCAGCAGCCGGAGGAGCCGUGGGAGCGGUGGGGGUGGGGGGGGAGCGCAUGGUGCAGGCAGCUGAUCUGUCGGAAGAGACUCUUGACCUCCCACAUCUCUCCACGGCUGUCAACGUGUGGACACUCCUCGGCUCCACGGACGCGCAGCGAAUCAGGAACCUCCAGGUGGUGGUGUCACGCACGCUGUACACGAUGAUAAAGGACUCGUGUCUGGCGGGGCCGUACGCCAUGACGCUCACAGAGAGCUACCGCCGCAAGUUCACCGCCUUCCUCUGCACCAUCUUUGGCGGGCCUGCGGAGAGCCUGGAGCUGUGCCGCUUCCGCAACGCCACGGGAAAUCAGUUGGUGCAGGCAGAGGAGCUCUACAGGCACCUUAAGAAGGUGCACCUGGGGGACAGCCUGGUGAUAACGUCGCAGCAGCUGCGGUGCUUCAUAGACAUCCUUAUUGCCGCCAUGCAGUCCAUCACCGCGCUCUCCCCCGACGCCCUGGCGGACCUCUCCUCCUUCUUCCACCGCCUGGACCCGGCCAUCGUGAGCACCAGCACGGAGGGGUGCUCUAUCGGGCAUGGGAGACAGGCCAAAGCCCUUCUUCGAGGGCUUUGGAGGGCACCGCCUGGCGCUGUCGCGGCGCUUCUUCUGCUCGCCCAUGAACGUGGGCGCCAACCCAAGGAUGACUAUGACGACCCCGUGCCCUGUGUCGUCAGUGAGUACCUCUCACUGUGCCCUGCGUUGUCAGUGAGUAGCUCUUUCGACAACAUCUCUUCCGUGCCCUGCCCUUCCCCUCACAUACGCCCCUCACAUACGCCCCUCACAUACGCGCCUCACCGAGCCACCCAUCCACCUGCCCGUCCCACCCCAAAUCCACAUGCCUCUUGCCCUCCUCUCCCCCCGUUUUCCUACUCUCCCCACCCCCCCCCAAGAGCUCGCAUUGGACGACAACGCCACAUUCACGUGCACCAAGAGCUCGCCUCGGACGUCAACGCCACGUUCACGUACACCAAGGUCUUCACGCGCCCGGGCGUGUACCUCUAUGAGAGCGGCAACGACGUCGGCGAGAUCGGGAGCUCCUCCUCGUCCAUGUCGGGGAUGGUUACCGUGCUCGCUCCGCCUCCUGAGCCUCAAGGUCAGUGCUCAACGGUGUUCGCCGCUCUGUGCGCCCUGAUGUGGGCAGCGCUCACAUGA